AUGGGAAGUUCGGCUCUUUUCUGAGAGCCGGCUCUUUUGACUCGGCUCCCAAAGAAGAGCCGGCUCUUUCGACUCCCGAACGGCUCUUUAUUUAGGAUCUUUUGUAGCCUAUAUUUUACCUUAACUUUGAAAAAAAAUCAUGGUUUAUGUGUUGAAAACCCUUUUGCUUUCAGUGUUUUUAUGAGAGACCUUAUAAUGCCUAAUUCUGUGCAUUUAUUCUGUGACAAAACCACUCUUACAUUUGUUUAUUUCAAUUAAACUUUUUUAUUGCACAAAUUAACAAUAAACUUCAAACAAAUCCACAGAACAGAAUCAAAACCAGAACCAAACUCCAGCAAACAGCAUUAGUCCUCAGGGCAGGUUGGCAUUCAGGAAGAUCAGAUGCCUCAGCUUGGAUGGGCUGAUAGGCCUGAUACGAUUUCGCCUCUCCGUGAGUAUCUGCCCUGUUUUGGAGAAGAUUCUCUCAGAAGGAACUGAUGUGGCAACAAUACAUAGUCUCCCCUCCAUCACAUCAGUUGCAGUAGGAGAGGUUAUACUUGCACGCAUGGGGAUGGCAGUAGACGUUACAGCAGCUGUUGUUCUGGUAUGAGACACACCAGGAUCAGUAGAUGGUGAGCUGGCUUGCCCUCUCUCCUCUAACUGCACUGUAGGAUGGACAGUUCUUGUAUGUCUAUGCAGGUUUGUGGUGGAACCUGCUCUUAUAGUGACCUUCGUUUUGCAGUGAAGGCACUCUGCUUUCUUGUUCCCAAUAUCUUUAAACUGCAGCCAGAUGCUGCUUCGCUUUCUAGUGUCACUCAUAGUUAAACGACACGACAAUGCAAGACGCACACACGCUCCUCAGUCCGCUCUGUCUCUCUCUUCACUUGCAGUGGAGUCAAGUGGUGUGUCUGCCCCGCCCCCUCUCUGUUUACACAUCCUUAAUUCUCACGUGAAUGCCGCAUGCUGGUCGCCAUGCUGGCCAAUCAUAACAGACCUCUGUGAAAGUGAAACCUAAGCAGCGAAUGGGCAAAAAACUGGGAGCCGGCUCUCACUCGAUGCGAGCCGGCUCUUCUGAUUCACUACAAAGAGCCGGCUCUCAGAGCCGAUGCUUGUGCGCAUGACCCAUCACUAGUGUGAGCUAGAGGAUGGGUGGUAUCUGCGUGUUCGCGUCACAGGUUAGUCCUAGCUGUCAAUUACAAAAUAAAACGUCUACAACUUUAUAUUUUAGGUAAAACUUGGAACGCAUGUUGACAGGGAAAUUAGCAUGGAAUCCGCAAUUCUCUAGCGACUGUAAUGGUUAUGCAUGAAUGGUGCUGCUUUCGUCGUAGAGCUUUUUUCACGAGGACGUACACUAGGAGAGAAGAGAGCUAGCUAGUGGGCUACCGCUAGCUAGCUGAUUUAGGAGAGCGCUAGCUAGUGGGCUACCGCUAGCUAGCUGACUUGCUAAAUUAGCUAGCUAAGAAAGUGAAAGAAGACGGCAGCUGAACAGAAGCUAGACCAACUUACUCAGACCUAUGCGACUAAUAUCAGGUGAGUGAUGGAGACGAGAGAGUUGACCGUGGUGGCUGGCAGCUUCGUGGGGUUUCAGUUGCUCUUCUCCGUGGCUAGCCCACUGUUCUCCUCAACCUUCACCCCUGGCUACAGCCGCCUGCCACCCACCAAGCUCACUGAGUGGAACUCCAGAUUGGUGUCCACUGUCCAUGCUCUGAUUGUGGGCCUCUUCUGUCUCUACAUCCUGUGGUUUGAUGAUGCCGUCAACGCAGACCCUGUCUGGGGGGAGCCUGGACUAGUGAAACUUAAUGUGGCCAUAACAUGUGGUUAUUUGCUCUAUGACCUUGUGCUUCUGGCCACCAACUGGAGCACAAUGGGGGACAGCUUUUUUGUCUGUCACCACUUGGCGGCGCUCUAUGCAUAUGGUUAUGUCUUGUCUCGUGGCGUGCUUCCCUAUUUCGCCAACUUCCGUCUCAUUUCAGAGUUAUCCACACCUUUUGUGAACCAAAGGUGGUUCUACGAGGUGCUGAAGUACCCUCGCUCGGACCGCUUGGUGGUGGCCAACGGCAUGGCCAUGGCAGUGGUCUUCUUCAUGGUGCGCAUCUUCGUCAUGCCGCCCUACUGGGCCCGGGUAUUUUCCACCUUCGGCACGGAGGCCUUUGAGCGCCUGGGCAUCGGUGCUCAGGUGGCCUGGAUCACAUCCUGCAUCGCCCUGGACAUCCUCAACACCAUCUGGAUGUACAAGAUCGCCCGCGGCUGCUACAAGGUUAUGAUGGGCGCCAGCGGCAGGAAGGCCAAAGAGGUCUCCCCGCUCAAGCAGAACCAUGUGAAUACCCACACAGACUAAGAGAUACUGGCAGGAGGGGGGGACAUAGACAGAGACUCUGUGAAAGCGAGACAGGACUUCAAGGGCUCUUAUAGCCCCUACUAGCCCCAGCCUUGCUAUUCUCUCCAUCCCCUGAAAUCACGUAGCAGAAUGGGUCAGGUCCUGAUCAGUUUCAGCCUCACAGAAUGAGACUGGUUCCACACUAGCUUCUGUACCUCAGUGUUUCAUCGAUGGUGUGGUGGUACCCUGGCUGGGUUUGGUUGGAGAUGUCAGAGUAGCUGUUAAGUACACUCAUUCUUGUUCAACUUCAACCUAAGUCCAGUCAUCUGAAGUGCCUGUGAUGGACAGGUAGAAAGCAAUAAAAGAAGAAAACGUACCCUGGCUCUGUCAGAAACUCCCCCUCUCCCCCGGCCACCAUCCUUUACCCUUUUCAGUUCCAUGACCCGUCCACCCAGAGGAGAGCCUCCUGCUUGGCCCACAGAAUAAGGACCUCUUAGUGUGCUAGUUUGACAGACAGAGAUACCACAAUGCCUCUUACUGCAUUUGCUGUGGCCUCCUUUUUAUGAACACCACCUACAUCGCCACCAGACUGGUCCCCCGCUCACAGCAACAGUUCAGAUUGAAUCACCACUGGAUUUCCCAUCGACAGCCUGGAUGCACAUCCAGGGGAAAAGGAGACAGGGAUGUGGGGAUUGGAUCCUACCGCUAACUCUCCAGAAUCAUUGUUUUUCAUUGGAUGCUUUUGCCUCAUCUCAUCCAGGGUCUGGCUCUGCUCUGUUUCGGACUCUGGGGUCUCAGUUAUCCCAUUUGUUCCUCCUGUUACUCAACCUCAAAACCAGGAAUUGAUAUCAACGCGUCUUAACUUCACUACACUAUCAUAACCCUCUGUCACAGCGGAGUGGUUAAAUCCAUCCAGUUUGAUACUUCUGUUCUACCUCCCCUGCCUUAUAAUGACUUGUCAGUCCCUCCAUAUGAGAAUAAUCACCUUCUGUAAAGAUGUUUUAGCCUUUGAAAAGAUCUCAUCCAGUAUCUCUAGUUCAGUGGACUGGAAAGGAUGUUUUCUCUCUCUCUCUGGAGAGUUUCCCAGCCACUGCAGUGUAACACUACUGUUAAACUCCACACUUGUUCUCUAUCUGAGGCACCGCUGGGGCUUUUAACUUCCAUUUCUCUCUUCUAUUUUCUGUGUUUUUGUGAGAACUGAAUUUGGAACAAGAGCGGGUCCCUUUUGGGGGGAAGCAUUCUCCUGGCUUAGGUGCUUUUCCGCCUACAGAAUGUCAGCCAUAGGAAUGCUAGAAAUAUGAUGUUCAAAAUAGUUUAUAUAGAUAUUCAUGUAUGAUCAAUUAUGAAUUACCAAUCUGACAACAGCCAUAAACUGGCAAUGUUAUACUGUAGGUGUAGCUAUGUGCUCUCAUACUGUAUAACUCAGUUGGAAAUCUUCCUUUCAAAUCAAGUUGAUUUGAUUGAUUUCAAUUCACAGAGCAUGUUAAGAAAACUUUGGAUUAUGAUGAUUUAUAGUCUCCCAUAACUAGUUUGGAUCACUAAACAGGAUAAAUAUGAAUUGCAUUAAUCUAUGGGUUCCUCUGCAAUUAAUUUUAAUCAGUGCAUUUUAUGUUUUUCACCCAACUGUAUUGAGUGCAUGUUAAGUGUUUUGUUUUCUGUCCCCCUCCUGUCCAUAAAGCGUUGAGAUCGUUUGGGACGGGGGUCUGAAAUGUUCGACUUUUCACUGUGGAAUUAAAGCACACUCCCCAUGAUGGAGCAAUAACUUUUUGAGCCCCCUCCAUGUACCACCGAGGAGGGUUGUAUUGUCGUGCCUUUACGCAAACAGGAAAUCUAAUGCAGUCAGGUAGAGAUUAGCAUGACAUUUUAAUGUAAAACUAGUGUUUGUUUUCCUUUUUUUCUUGCUAUUGUAAUCUCUUCUCUCUAUGGAUACUGUUAUGUAUAUAUUUUUGUACCCUGCACAAUAAUGAAUCCAGACAAGUAUUAUCCAAAGUUGACCCCUCUGUAGGGCCUGCUUGUGUUUCUUCUGAAUACGGGAGCAGGCCUCGAUAUGAAUGUUGUGGUGGUUUAGUGGUAUUAGGAGGAGUGGGAAGUGGCUUAAAGAGGCACGCUGCUGGUUAUGACCAGGAUGAAGAUGAGAUUGGAAAUGUAAUUCUUGACAUUUAGUUAUUUAGCUACUUCAAGUCGGUUGAGAAGAUAGUGGGAUUCUGCUCACUCUUCUCACCCAGUCCUCCAAUACUUCAAGCUGUGAAUAGUGCAACAUGUUUGUAUCAUUCAUUAGUCAAGUACAUGUGUAACCUGAUAAUGAGAUUUCUGGUUCUCCAGUAGGCUGUGGUGUGCAUUUAAGUCAGCUUCGGAUGCCUGUGAAAGAGGUUGUACUUCUGUCCAAUGUUAGCACAAACUGUUAGUUGGAUGUGUAGUGUUUGUCACUGACUGCAGUGCGUCUGUGGUGUGUUGAAUUGCAAUGUAGACCUCUGAGUGAUUUAAAAUCGUCAAAGUUUUGGUUUUUGGAAAUGAGGAAGUGACAUGGCGGUUUCAGUAACAUCAAGCCCGAGUGCACUUGUAUCGGCAAGAAAUAACCAUGUGGCCUUUUAUCUCUUUUUGAAAGGCUAACAUUGUGUAUUUAGAGAAGGUACAAAUGGUCUCAGGCCCUGGUGAAAAAUUAGGACAUAUUGUAGCUCCUGGAAGAACUGGUAGGACCGUUGCAUUUAUUUCAGCUGCAUUGCAGGUAUUUUCAUCUUUGUAAGGUUGAACUUAGCAGCAUCACAAGACUUUUAGCCAUUUGGUACUAAAUGCCAUGGAUUGGCCAGAAAAUAACCCAAUGAAGUCUUGCCCCAGCUCUUUGUGGACUCUCUCGGAUAGUCUUGCUUCACCUGUGGAGCAUAUUUGUAGACCGCAGCAGUCGCAUCAUUUAAGUCACAAGGAGGUGCGGAGAUGGAAUACAUUUAAGGCAAGAAAAUAAUUAAUAUAAAGUGAUGAUAGUGAUGAUGAUCGUAAUGAUACGAGUGAACACAAACUAAUGAGGAAAAAAAGCAUAGAUCAAAUGUUGCCAGUGUUUUUCUUUUUUGUUCUUUUUUUCUUUUUUAAAUUUCUUAUUUUAAUGCAAUGCAAUUUGUUACAUUAUUAUUUUCUGAAUAUUUUAAUGUGAAAAGAACAAUACACAGGCCUUAGGGCCCCUGUCUCAACACCAUGUGACUUAGAUUGUCUACAAUGACCACUACUAAUGAUGUCAUUGUAGCACUGAAAGUUGAGACUUACUUGAAAGUUUUGCUCUUCAAUAAAUUUGAAGACAGACAUUUA